GUCAAUCUAUCAAGUACCUCAAGUGGUGCAAACUCACUCUUCUCAUAUCAACUCUAUAACCUAUUCCGUCUAUACCAACCACAGGAGUAGAAUUGACUGUUUGCUAUAUCUCCAUUUCAAGCAGUUGGCCUUCUCGUCAUACUUAAUCUCCCAUCGUCAUGUCUCACACCUUGCAACAAUCACUCCUUGAACUUCAAGCCGCUUUCGACGCUUCUGGAGGUUCAAAGCAAGAUGUUACCAAACGUCUUUCAAAACUCAAACUAGAACUUGCUCAAUCGGGUUUAUACUUUGCCCCACCAUCUGCCGAUCCCCAAGAUUUGAUAGCGACACGUUCUAUACUUGAAGUCGGUGCCUUCCAUUCUCUUCGAUUAGGAAAUUUAAAACAAUAUUGGCAAUACAAUUCUUCCCUUCAACCAUUUUACGAGAAUCUCCCUCAGAUCCCUCCUUCCCCUCUUCGUCCGAUCACUCUAGGAUUACACCUACUGGCAUUACUGAGUGAAGGACGUUUGACAGAUUUCCAUACUGUUUUGGAAACUCUGCAGUUGGACCAGUUGAAUGAUUCAUUUGUCAAGCUUCCUGUGGAUCUUGAACGGUGGUUGAUGGAAGGGGCGUAUAACAAAGUUUACCGAGCGAGGGAACGUGUACCACGAGAGGAAUUUGCUUUCCUUCUCGAGAGACUCAUGGGUACUGUCAGAGCUCAAAUUGCCGCCACCAUCGAAGCUAGUUACCCUUCUUUACCCCUCGACAGCGCUGCUUCCUUGCUAUUCUACAAGCCUCAGGAGAAAAGUCAAUUGGCCAAUUUCUGUACUGAACGAGGAUGGUCAAUCGAACCUACAUCAUCCACAAUAUUCUUCCCCAACUCUCCAUCCAUUUCUAUCCGACAAGCCGCUCGUCGUUUACCCUCAGACGCAGCAGCUGCUGCCAUAGAAGCUGCUCAAUCUCAAGGUGUCGCCCAUGGUGUCCCUAUGACCACCAUGGUGGGACCUGCUCUCAAGCUAGCUCAGCAAUUAGAAGCCAUUGUUUGAGUUUUCAACAUGCAUCAUGUCAUCACCUCUUUUC